CAGAAUGGCUUUGCUCUAUACUAGUUAACCAUGUUAAUCACUGUCGGUUUCAAACGCGCUGUGUUAAUGGAAAAUAAAAGUAGGUAAUCUAGCUUGUUUAAAAAAAACACACUGUACAUUUCACUUCCUGGAGUUCUCAGAAAAAGGGUUGAAUAUUCGUUUUUUUAAAUUAUGACAGGAAUGUUUAUUUCUUAAGUAUGCUCGUAAGGGCCAUACCUAUAAUAAGUAUCAGUGUUUCUUAAAACUUCAAACUGGCGGUUUAAACGUGUAAUUUAUCAUAGGCCUAAUCAAGAUUUAUAUCUUGAAAUGUUUGUUUGUGUGCAUUAAAACUGCGCGAAUCAUUCUUGUUAUCUUACAAGUAUACUUUGAUUGGUACAAUGUGAUAAAAGUUUGUCUGACUAUAUAAAUUGCACAGGAAAGGAACCUUUAUAAAAUUUAUUUAAAGCUAUAAAUGUUCUUGUCAAAUAUGAACAGAAUCGAAAAAAGUUCUCACCUUCUGGUUGCUGCUUUCGACUUUGGGAAUACAUUCAGUGGUUACGCCUUCUCAUUUCGUGACAAACCUUUAGAGAUACAUGCAAACAAUACUUGGAACAAUGGGUCCUAUCUCUCUUUGAAAACACCUACAUGCUUAUUGCUAGAUCCUGAAGAGAAGUACCAUUCCUUUGGGUAUGAAGCAGAAAAAAAAUACACAAAGCUUGUUGAAAGGGACGAGCACCAGAGUUGGUUGUUUUUCAGACGUUUCAAAAUGUUAUUGCACAAGAAUAAGAAACUUAAUAGACGAACGACAGUGAAAGACAUUACUGGAAAGCGACGAAUGUUUGCCAUUGACAUUUUCUCAUUGUCCAUACGUUACCUGCGGGACCAUUUCUUGUCGGAGGUUCGAAAUCACUAUUUUGACAUCGAAGAGACUGAUAUACAAUAUGUCAUAACGAUUCCCGCGAUCUGGGAUGAUAACGGGAAACAAUUCAUGAGGAUGGCAGCGUUACAGGCAGAUAUUGAUAACGAGAGGUUGACACUUGCUUUAGAGCCAGAAGCUGCAUCUAUCUGUUGUCAAAAGAUAUCUGUUGAUUCAAAAGACAAAAACAACAUGUCUGGUUUGCAGUAUAUCGUGAUAGACAUUGGAGGUGGAACUGCAGAUAUAACAGCUCAUCGAAUAAAUGCCAAUGGAACGUUAACCGAGUUGUACAAGGCAAGUGGAGGUCCAUGGGGUGGAAUGUACGUGGACAACAACUUUUUGAACUUUUUAGAAGAUUUAUUUGGAGAGCAAGUUAUGAGUUGUUUCAAGGAAGAAUAUCUUGAAGACUAUUUGGAUAUGCUGCGAGAAUUCGAAACCAACAAGAGGCAGGUAACAUACGACGACUGUGAUGAACAAGAGCAAACUUAUGUUUCUUUCAAACUUCCUUCAGCUUUAAGGGAGAUUUCUGAAAAAGAAAAUGGCAAAGUAUUGGAGGAAUUGAUAAAUUCUUCAUCUUUCUCGUCGGAUAUUUUUAGUAAAAAAGAUAAAAUUAGAGUUGGAGUAGAAUUAGCGAGAAAGUGGUUUGAUGGACCUAUUAAUGAUAUCAUACAUCAUGUUGAGGAUCUACUUAAACAACCACAAGUACGUCAAGUUUCCACUUUGAUCUUGGUAGGUGGUAUGGCCGAAAGUCCAUACGUACAAGAAAAAAUUAGAUAUGCAUUUUCAUCAAAGCGUUUAAUCAUACCAACAGAUGCUGGUUUGGCCGUACUAAAGGGAGCAGUUGUUUUCGGACAUGAUCCUAUGUCUAUAUCUGUAAGAGUAAUGAGGUAUUCUUAUGGUAUAGAAAUGUUCCAACGGUUCAAACGCUCGACACACAAAUCGUCAUUUAGGGUAAAAGUGGAUGGGAAAUCAUAUGCUGAUAACGUAUUUCAUGUUUUUGUUAGAGCUGGCGACACUGUCCAAUUUGGUCAAGAAAUUACGAAGAUGGCAUCUCCAGUGAACAAAGAAUCCUCUUUGUAUCCAAUCUACCGCUCACUUAGCAGUGAUCCUAAAUAUACGACAGAACCUGACUGUGAAAUGAUUGGCAUACUGUCACUAAGACACUAUGAACAAGAUGAUUUUAAAAGCAAAAAGGUUAAAUUGACAAUGAUAUUUGGAAAUACGGAGCUUAUUGUAAAAUCUGAAGAAAUAGGUGGCGUAGUGAAAAGUUCCUCGACAUUCAAUUGUCUAAUGGAGUAAACGUUUUACUCUUUUUUGGGCCAUGGAAUCCAUAUAAUUGCAAGAAAGUGUUUUGGAUUGAAACGUGAUAAGAUAUUACAUUGCUGACUUGUUGAAGCAUAUUUAAGUUUUCUUUUUCAUUCUGUUAGUAACCGUAUUUAUACGUCGAGUAAACAUGAGAUUUACUAGCACACAUGUGUUAACAUAAUUAUACAUUGUUGGACACUGUUACAUAAGGAGUAGUCACACAUUUUGUAUUUUAAUCAUAAUAUGUUAUUGUAUCCAGACAAUUAUUCAAAACAUUUCUUAUCUAAUUUAAGAAACCUUGAGGAAUAAUGCAGGAAACGAUUUCCUCUUUUCCGAAUUUAAAUAUUUUGUGUGUGUUUGUCAUUUUUAUUGAUUACUAUUUUUCCAAAGCAAUUAUGUGUAAGAUAAACGUUUGAACUGGGUAUACAUGAUAGAUAUUUAUUCAUCUAUAAAAUUGAACAUCAUAUUAUAAAACAAUUUUUCAUUUUAUAUGUUUAUAGUUUAUUAAACAGGUAUGUACUAUAGUCAAUUUAGAAUCAAUUAUUCCGAGAGAAAGUCGGUCAAGGUAUUUUGUAAGCAUUUGACUAACCUGUCAUUGAUUGUCUAGAAGUGUAAAUGGAUACAUUAAUUUCUAGUAUUUGAUCUUCACUCACAGUUUUCAUUGUUCUGUUGGUUUCACUUUAAAGCAGUUUGCCUCCAGAUUCAUGUUAAUUAUUUAUGAAAAUUUUGAAAAUGUAUUUAAAAGUAGAAUAUUGUGAAGUUAAGACAGAAAUUAAUUUACAAGUUGUAAAGGGUACUUACACUUACAGUAACUUACCAAAAAGACAAAACAUAUGAAAAAUAGCCCUUACUGCGUUAGUCAAACACUCGAAAUUUGGAGAUGAAUACUGCAAAAUACCCUUGUUUCACUUACACAUGUGUUAUGCUAAAUAUUUCUUGAAUCUUUUUAUUUUCCUUAUUAUCUUAGAACAUUGUGUCAAGUUUGAUUUUCUUGAUUUUGGCUCAACUGUAGGCAUACAGCUGUAAGCGAUUCAUAUUUUUCAGGACAAUUGCAGUACUUGAAUCAUCUUAAAAAGUGGGUCAAAAGAUUUUCUUUGCUCUUUAUUCCAAACAGGAAUGCACAUUGGCAUUAAGACCAAGGUCCGAGGAUCGGAUCGUCUUAGAAAAAAGAUAAUGAACAUCGUUGAAUUUAUUGAUGAGUAAUGCUAGUGUAUUUAGAAUCAUAUUCCUUGGUAUAGUAUGGAAUAUUUUCAUAAGAGUAAUUACAGAUGUAUGUGUACUAUAAUCACUACAUGUCCUUAAAUAUAUUACUAGGGGUUUGUAAUUCAAUUUUUAUUCGUGAAAAGUUCGGUUCCGUAACUUGUACUGACAUACAUUGUUUACUGUCUGUUCCGUCUUUGACAAGAAAACCUCUGUCUGUUGAUCCUGGUGAAAUAUUGAACAUUAAAAAAAACCUUCGCACAGUCUUGACAUCAAGACAAUUAAUCAUUUGAUGACUUAUGUUUUCAGAUGUCUUCACAUCAAAUAAAUAUAAUUUAAUAGUCUUGUGUAAUAAGGAUUAUUUAAAGAUGAUGCUUUCCACCGUUUGACUAUCAGAUAUUUUCCCAAAUGUGCGGAGACAUAGUUUGAUU